CAUAGGUCCAAGGUAUUGGUUGCAGGAGGUCUAAAAGUGGCCUCGCGAACCUCGCCAUGACCUCGGGCAUGGCUGGGCUGGUACGACUGUUCGUUCUGGGACCCUAUUCCAGCUCCUGGUGGGCCCCGGUGAUGACAAGAUUCUCUCUGAGCACUUCUUUGAGGAAAGCUAAUUCUAAUCAAGCACAGUCUGGAUCAUCCAAACAAGCACUUAAGAAGCCCAAGUUACCACUAGGACGAUUUGAUGCUCCAGAAGAUUCCAAUUUAGAGCAGGAGCCACUAGAAAAAUUUCCAGAUGAUAUCAAUCCUCUUACAAAAGAAAAGGGUGGCCCCAAAGGCCCUGAACCUACUCGAUAUGGAGACUGGGAACGAAAAGGACGUUGUGUGGAUUUUUAGUGGUCAGACAGACUCUUGCUAAACUGGUCUCUUCUUCUGAAUGUAAUAUAUUUAAUUUAAUUUCUUCAUGUUCCCUCCCACCCCCCUUUUUUUUUUUAAACAAAAAAGUCAUCUGAUUUGGAGAAUAUUAGUCCAAAAAGUAUUAAUUAGAUUUUGGAAGCAUUUCUAAAUUAGCACUUGUGUUAUUAUAGAUUUGUUAAUGAAGAGCUGUUGGUCAGAACUGACUUCUGGUAAUUUAUCAGUUGAAUUUAAAUUACUAAUUCAUUUAAGUUCUAUAAUUUUUUAUGUGUUUAAAGGGUUUUUUCAUUGUUUGAAAAGAUCUUGCUGGGACAUAAAAUGCCAUAAAUCCUGAGAUGUGUUUCUGGGUCUAGUCUCCCUAAUUUAGAGCUAUGGAAACAAAUACUUGAAGCACCAGAGUUGGGAUUUUAUGAUAUGUUAUUUAUGCAAAAUUAUCUAUUCAAUUCCACUAAACUGAGAAUGUGUGAUAAUUUGAACAACUGAAUUUUAAUAGGCUACCAAGCCAUCAUUAUCUGCAAAAAAUAAAAAAAUACAGAAGGGAAAAAGAGGGAUAGACCCUGUCCCUCAGGAGCUUAUGGUAUACUUGGGAAUAAUAGUUUUCCAAAUUGUGGGGUGUACCUCAUUGAUUGGAGACUAGUUUGUCUAUUGGGUUGGGAAAGUUGAAGCAGUGAUUGAAAUUACUGGAUAUUUUAAAAUAUAAUUCUUGGAUAAAUAAAUCCUUUUAUUGAUUUGGAAACAAAAGUUCAAAUCAAAUUAAUGUGACACUAACAUCAAAUUCUGUAAGAGGUAGCAGAAAAGGAUACAUUUGUACAGCUGAAGGCAGUGGGCCCUAAAAUAGGUGGCAUGUAGAGAAUAAUAGGUUGUUACAAGGGGAAAAGACCUGGUCCCUACACCAGAGGAAGGAAUUGUGCACUUGUAUCCCCCAGUGCUGCAUGAAUGCUCCCCACCAACUCUUCCCUAUGGCAGAUGAGACUGGAGAAGACCCAUCUAAUUGCAAGUGGGAGCCAUGAGCACUUAGCCCCUCCCUCUGGUGGAGGGUCUUAACCUUUUGACAAUUCAUUUUAUUGGUUAUUUAAUAUUACUUUUACUGUAUGUUGUAAAUUUUGUUUUUUGUUGUAAAAUUGUGAUGAAUUCUUAAUUUUACUUGAAUAAAAUGCAAGCUAAGAAAAA